AUGUCUGCCACGGGGGCGCGAGCCCUGCUGUCGGCGCCAUGUGCGGCUUGUGCUGCCUGCGCUUCGGCAACCCGCCAAGUCGCCAUCCAGCGCGCUCUCCCUCUCUCUCUUAGUGCCCGAGCCCACGGUCACGGCCACCGUCCCUCGCCUCGUCUGCAAGCCGUGCGCAGCUUCCGCACAUCGUCCCCCGCCCUGAGUCGCCCCGACGACGCCGAAGCUGCCGCCUCUGCCGCCUCUGCCGCCGCCGCCGCCGCCGAGAAGGCGCGGAACCCACCGCGCGACACGAAAGCUCGGCGAAACGUCGCUGCUGACCCUGUUGAUUCCGACAAUGGCACGGCCGACACCCCCCAAGCUGCUGCCGACACAGCUUCGCCAGCGCCCGAGCAGACCUAUAAGGAGGCGACAGCGCAGAGGACGCCGGGCUAUGGCUCCGCUCGUGCUCGUGCCGCUCGUGCCGGUGCCCGCGCCGAAGAGUUCUCCCCCGUCCAGCUGCCCCCGUGGUUCAUGGACAUGCACAUCUCCCUGUACGAGCACCGCCCCAUCGGCAGGCCCGCCACCGCCCUGGACCCCCUCAAUGACGAGGCCCGGAAGAACGUGCUCCAUGUCCUCCAGUCGCACUUUGACGACGCCGCUGUGGUCCCUGCCGAUGUCGACACGUGGAAGUUCGAGUUCGACAGAAUGAUACCCCUAGUGACUGAAGAGGCUCUGGACUUGCCUGUUGCGAGAUUUCGCGCAGUCCACCGCACGGCCCUGCUCCAGGUCCUGGCCCUUUUGCACCGCCCCGACGCCGACCCCGAGCAUAUCGAGGCUCUGCGUCGCCACUAUGCCGACACCAACCACAGCAUGCUGCGUCUGUCGUGGUGGGCCGACAAGUCGCUGUCUGCCGACGCCCAGCGCUGGCUUGCCAACCUCCGGCCUGACCCCGGCAUUUUCCACGAGCCGGGCCUGUAUGGAAGCCCCCUAGCGAGCCGGCCCGAACCCGAGUACUCAGUGUGCAUGGAGCUUCUCGCUGCUGUACGUGCCCAGCUCGUGGCCGAAUAUCCCAGCACUAAGCCGAGGAACGUGCAGAGGCCAAUCACUGUUCUCUCGGUGCUCAACCGCAAAGGCCGGAGCAUCGCCUACUCGGUCAUCGAGGACAUCGCUACCGACUUGCAGGCCGACGUGGUGCGCCUCGACGCGGCCACCAUUGCAUCCAUACUGGGGCACCAUCUGGGCCAAAACUUGCAUUCGAGCCGCGGCCCCGUCUCCAUGCUUGGCUUCGCCGCCGCCGAGAUGAACGGGAGACUGGCGUCGCGGUCCUCGCCCGAGUCAAUGGAGCUGGGCAUGAUCACCGUCAACCUCCCGUCCAGGCUGCGGUCCUUCCUCUCGCCGAAAGGCAGCGGGCUGGGCUCAUCCACCAUGAUGGACGAUCGCUGGGAUGAUCUUAAGCUGAACCAGGCGCUAGAGUCGCUAGUUGCCGCCGCCGGUGCCAAGCGUGCCUCGGAAGUGGACUCGGGGUCUGGAACGGAGCGGCCCCUGAUCAUCCAUGUGCACGACUAUGUGGAGAUGAGCGCUGCCAAUGACAGCAUCAUAAACAAGCUGCGUUCCAUAGCCGACCGCAUGUGGCAGAAGGGGAGGAGGGUGGUCCUCAUCGGGUCCUCGUCGACAGAUAUCGCCAAGUCGCCACAGCUGCGCGAACAGCUCAUCGAGAUGACCCGAGAAGGCACCCAGAUCAUCCCUUUCCAUGCGGCCGAGUCAUCCGAGUGGAUGGAGGCCGGGGACAACUUUACCGAGAACACGGAAAACAUCAAGAACAUGCUGCAGGCCAUACUCGGACCGUCGGUCGACGUCGACUUCGACACCGUCCCAGACAACUUUGCCCAUCUCGACCACCUGCACGCCGCGAGGGAGCCCGUCCAGGACUGCCUCAAGUUGCUGCAAGAGCGGGUGUUUGACAUUUCGUGGGUCUACCGCUUGGUGUCGCUCAUGAUUGGGAGCCGGUCACCGACCUUCACAAAGUUCAACCUCAGCCACCUGCGAUAUGCCAUGGAUUUCAUGGCAGACAGGGACAAGCACUGGACAGAUAUCUCCCCCGGAGUCCGCGCUCCCUACUUUUCUCCGCUGACCCCGAAAAGAUCGCAGAAUUUCGGGUCCUCCAGCGCCGAAGAGUGGGCUGCGUCGAUGGGUAUGUCGGGCGGCCCGCCCUCGUCGACGUCUACUAAGGAGUACGACCAACACGAGAAGAAACUGCUUUCGGGGUUGAUCAACGCAAAAGACAUACAUACCACCUUUGAAGACAUCGUUGUCCCCAAGGAGACCAAGGAGUCUCUGAUCGGGCUGACGUCGCUCUCGCUCGUCCGGCCCGACGCCUUCUCGUACGGAGUGCUCAAGACGGAGCGGAUCCCGGGCUGCCUGCUGUACGGGCCCCCGGGCACGGGCAAGACGCUGCUGGCCAAGGCCGUGGCCAAGGAGAGCGGCGCCAACAUGCUCGAGGUCAGCGCCGCCAGCAUCAACGACAUGUAUCUGGGCCAGUCGGAGAAGAAUGUGCGCGCGCUCUUCUCGCUGGCCCGCAAGAUGGCGCCCAUGGUCAUUUUCCUCGACGAGGCCGACGCCCUGCUCGGCGCCCGCCACAACACGUUUGGCCGCACCGGCCACCGCGAGACCAUAACGCAGUUCCUGCGCGAGUGGGACGGCCUCUCGGACAUGCGCGCCUUCAUCAUGGUCGCCACCAACCGGCCCUUCGACCUCGACGAGGCCGUGCUCCGCCGCCUGCCCCGCAAGAUCCUCGUCGACCUGCCGCUCGCGACGGAGCGCGCUGAGAUCCUCCGCGUCAUGCUGCGCGAGGAGCAGCUCGCGCCCGACGUCGACCUCGCCACGCUCGCCGCCGACGCGGACCUCUACUCGGGCUCCGACCUCAAGAACCUCUGCGUCUCGGCCGCCAUGGAGGCGGUGCGCGAGGAGAACCGCGCGCGCGACGCCCACGACUGCGCCCAGGCCGAGGCUGCCGCCGCGGCGGAGCCGUUCGUGUUCCCGCCCAAGCGCAUCCUCACGCGCGCGCACUUCGACAAGGGCCUGCGCGAGAUCAGUGCCAGCAUCAGCGAGGACAUGGACAGCCUCAAGGCCAUCCGCAAGUUCGACCAGCAGUACGGCGACGCCGGCCGCCGCCGCAAGACCCGCCGCGGCAUGGGCUUCGAGGUCGUGCCCGACGCGCCCAAGGGCACCGACGAGGCCCGCGUCCGCCAGGUCGUCGCCGGUGUUGUUGUGUGA